AUGGAUCCGCAGCAGCAGUACAUCGCGCAAGUCAAAGAAGAAUACGAUGAGCUUGGCAUCUGGGUGCCGGUGAACGAAGAGCAAGUACCUGUUGAGAGCGUGGCCACUCCUGUCCCUAAAAUUGAGCCGACCGAUCAAACUACCACUACCCACAGCAAACCGAGGAAGUCCAAGAAAGCCAAGAAAGUCAAACGAACCGAACCUCUUACAAAAAGAGAACGGCAUGUCCAACGUCUCGAGACGCUGAAUUCCCUGCUCCGCAAAGAUCUCAGAGAGGCUCGCGACGGGACAACAGUGCAGCGGAUGAAAGACCUUGAGAACCAAGUCCUCUUGCUGCAAGAAGCCACUGGAUCCAAUAAAGCCAGUAUCAUCAAAGAUCUCAAGCUAGAAAAUCAGCAAUUGCAGAAGAAGGUUGAGAACUUGAAGCGAAGGGUCAAGAAUGCAGAGCGAGACAUUCGAGCGUACAACAACUGCAUCAAUCUGGCAGUCCGUAAUCUAACGAAGAAACUGAAAUGGGAGCAAAAGACUAGAAAGAGAGUGGAGGAUUGCUGGCAUAAGGCCGAGGAGCGCUUGGCACACCUCACGGGUCUCGAGGGAAAUGAGGCUGAGAUGACUGAAGAGUUGCUUAACGAAGAAGAGUCUAUGAAAGAAGAUCUCAUCAAAGAUGAAGAUUUGAUGGAGAGUGAGUGA